UCCCGCCGGUUCAUCGUUCGCGCCACCAGCAUCCAACGGUGGAUCGCACCGCCAAACUGGGGCUUCCGAAACCUAGAUCCCCAAAUCGACCUAGCCAUGGCCGCCGCCGACGCCGUCGCCGUCGCCGUCGCGGACGAGGCGAUGGAGCGAGUCGAAGGGGGGCCGGAAGAGGCCGUUGCGGUCGCUGAUGAGGCCGCCGAUGGGGAGCGGAAGGAGGCCGAUGCGGCCGCCGAGGAGGCUACCGUGGUGAUGGAGGAGGUCGAAGGGGAGCGGGAGGAGGCGGACCCUGUGGCUGGAGAGGUCACCGAGGCGAUGGAGGAAGUGGAAGGGGAGCGGGAGGAGGUCGACGACGUCGCCGACGAGGCUGCUGAGGCGAUGGAGCAAGUGGAAGGGGAGCGGGAGGAGGUCGACGACGUCGCCGACGAGGCUGCGGAGGCGAUGGAGCAAGUGGAAGGGGAGCGGGAGGAGGGCGACGCCGUUGCCGGGUCCGAGGCGUCGCUACGGCUGGCGCUGCCGCUGGGGAGGGUGAAGCGGAUCAUCCGUGUGGACCGGGACAUCAAGAAGGUGACAAGCGAGGCGGCGCUGCUCAUCACCGCGGCCACGGAGCUCUUCCUCGGCUCCCUCGCCGCCGGCGCCCACAGGGCCGCCUCCCGGCGCGGCCGGCGUGCGGUGCGUGCCGUGCACGUGCGGGCCGCGGCGCGCGAGCACCGCCCCACCGCCGACUUCCUCCUCGACUGCCUCCCCGUCGCCGAGGAGGCGCCGCCCGCACGCGCGGCCGCCGGUCCCCGCGGCGGCGGCAGCGGCGGAGGAGAGGCAAAGCCGCUGCCGCGUGGGACCCGCCGCAUCGACGCCUUCUUCCAGAAGACCGCAUAGUGGUAUCUCUCUGUAUGUGUCUAAUGCAAAUGCACUGCUGUUGCUUGGGAAAUUUUUCUACUUGGAGAUGAAGCUAUGAAUUUUAAUCAUCUCAAGCAUGGCAAUUUCGUUAGUCUAACUCGUUGCCUAUGCCUUGCAAUGAUUUGAUAUGAUCUCAACCUUAAUUACGGUUGCUGUGAAUUGUGAUGCGAGUUUAAUUAGGAAUUUGCCUCUUUGUUCGUCCCUUUAGCUCUAAGAUGAGCUUUGCUCAUCUAUUUUUAAGGCCUGAUUCAAACUCAGAACUCUCAAAAGAAUGCAUAAUGUCAAUUGUAAGAUUCCUAAUUGAUACUAAGGUGGCCUUCUCAUAGAAAUUUAGUAAG